UCGCUAGCCUCAUCGCGACUCUCAAGAAUAUCAGUAAUCAUCUGGCUACUAUUUUGGGCUAUGACUCUUACUAUGGUACAAAGAAACGUAGUAUACAGGUUUCUCACCAAUGAUAUUUCUAACCGCAAUAUCUUACACCAGAUUUUUCCAGAAAAAUUCGACUCCUCAACAUGUAUCAUCUGCAAUGAUGCUCCAAAAUCGACUUUUCACAUGCUGUUCUUCUGUCCGAUAAAAUAUUCUGCGUGGCAAGCAAUCAUCCUUGAAUUCCUGUGGCCUACCUAUACCGUUCAGAACAAUUUAACAGCAUUACAAAAACUGGAUUUUAACUUAGUCUCACAUAGCCACAAAGAUGGCAUCAAGUCCUCCAUGGUAAUUCUCAUCACCCUGUCCCAAAUUUGGAAAUCCCACUUUCGGUCAAUCUUUGAUGGCUUACCUUUC